AUGGCGACCUCGCUGCUCCCCUUAGGCGGCAUAGCCCUUGUCGGAGCUCCGGAUAGCGACGCCGGACUUAAGGACGACAGACGACCGCCUGUGCAGGCCAUGCAGGUGGACAUUACCCAGGACAUUGUCGACGAGCUCCUGGCCAGUGUUAGGAGCGGAAAAUCACCGCAGAUAAUCUUCGGGCGGACUCCUCAACUCAAGUAUGGCGACAAGACGCACAUGCUGCAGAGCAGCAGCGAGCUCCAUCGAUACGAAUUGUACAAGUCCAGCGGGACUGGCAGCCCGGGCAGCCUUGAGUUCGCGGGCAUGAUCAACCACAGUCUGAUGGUACACAAGGCGGAGGACGUGACGGCAGGCGUAGACUCGGCGCUGGAGCAGCUUAGGAGUAACAUGGCUGCGAUAUCAGAGUUCAAGGAAGCCAACAACCAUGACGUGAUAGUCAGCGCGCUGCGAGUCCCCAUCAUCCACCUCCUUGCGCGGGAGCCAGCCACCGAGGCCUCUCUCGCCGCCACCUGCAGGACAUCGCUGGCCAACAUACGAGAUGUCCUGCCCAAGAUAGCCAAGCGCUCCACUGCCGACGCCGACAAGUGGCAGCUGACAGACAAGUCGUUCCGUGAGGUGAAUCCGUUCAAGUUCCCCUACCAGAGCGCAGAGGACCGGCAGCAAGCCAUUGAUGGCGCCAUCAAGUCGUUCGACCGCCAGCGGCUGGCAAAAGACGACAAGCUCUGGCAGAUCCUGCUGCCCCGUGACCAGAGAGGCCAAGGCAUAUGCUUGUCGCGUUCGACGAAGAAGACGGCCACGAAGAAGGCUGCCGACAAGCCUGCAGUUGAGAAGAAGCCCAAGGCCGCAAAGGAAGUAGAGAUCAAGCCCAAGUCGUCCAUGAAGGAGAAGUACUUGGCCCGUGAGAAGGCAGCCGCGGCCGCGAAGGAAGUGAGGGUGAAAGAGGUGAAGGAGGAGCCCACAAUAGCAACAGCCCCAGCCUCUUCGACGCCUUCAAGCUCUACUCCGCGCCCCCGUCGCACCUGCCAAAUCCAACACACCUGCUACCGACGCCUCGAAAAUCCGCAGCAAGAAAGCACCUGCUUCAGAAGGCACCACCAACCCACGCGCCAAACCCAGAUGGCUGGCCGUGAUUCCCAGAGAGACCGCCCCGCCAACCGGCCUUUCAAGCCCACCAUGCCCAUCAACACCAAGCCGAAGAAUCCCUCGCCUCUCGACUUCGAGGACUCGCACCCAGUCCACAAGGCACUUGCCGCAGCUCCAUCGCCCGCCAAGUCCGGUGCUAACUCUGACCGUUCGCUCAAGCGCAAGGCGAACGACAUCGACAGCGACAUUCACAACCAUAACUUGGCUGUGAAGAAGCCGAAGUGUCGACCGCGCAACUCCUACUCACACCCCCUCACACACCAACGCAAGGCCAACGGCUCUACGCCUUCUAGUACUAGCUCCCUGAAGCGGAAGUCGGACGACUCUUCUUCCUCCAACACACCCACCACCGCGCCCAAGGUCCGCAAGGUCGCCAACAUCGACACCGGCCUCGCCUCGCGCUAUCACCACAACAACCCACGCGCAUCCCCAGGCGCCUCGUCCACAUCAACCACCUCACCCUCCAUGCCCAACUUGAGCUUCCGACAGACUGUCGAGCUCUCGCAGAAGUUCCAAGAAGUACUACAAGAGGUACGAGGAGCUGUACUGGCAGUUGACCGAGGCGGAGAGCCCCCGACCGAGGCACAGAGGAACGACCUCCUGAAGAUGCACAAGAAGCUCGAGAAAUGAAGAGGGAGAUCAAGGCGGUGCCGUGCACCGAUGAGCACGAACUCUCCGUCAUUCACGACGCUGC